CGAGUCUUUGAGGUGUGAAGGGUCUGCUUUCUGGUUGGGCUGGAACGUUUGGAAGGUAAUCUACUCUGCUUCAAAACAGGCGUGGAUCAUAAAGUCAGCAGGUAUUUAUAUCCAUGUUCAGACCUGUACACGACAUCACAGCUGCAACUUAAGCCCUGCUCAUGGCGCACUCUACUAACACUCUGGCCAAGGGCUGCUUUGGCAAAAUCUACAAGGAGAAGUACGGCGAUAAGUGGGCUGCCAUUAAGAGGGUGCCCAUUGGUCUCAUCAGCAGGAAGGACCUGGACCGAGAGUGUCAAGUGUACAAAAAAAGCGAGCACCCCAACAUAGUUAAACUCUUGGGACCUGUGAAACUCGAAGGUAGUAAAUAUGUCAUCCCAAUGGAGUUCAUCGAGGGAGAAGACUUGGAGACUACAAUUUUUCAAUCAGCAAAGUCCAAACUAAAGUUAACUCAAGAUACAAAAAACACCAUCAUCGUGGGCAUGUGCGAGGGUCUGCUCCAUCUGCACCUCUUAGACAUUGUCCACCAAGACCUGAAGCCUGACAACAUCAUGGUGGAGCACAGCACAAACAGAGCUGUCAUCAUCGACCUGGGACUGGCCAAGUUCUACAAAAACGGCCUCAAUUCGGCUAUGGACAUGGGCAACGAGGCGUACUCUGCUCCCGAGGUCCUACAGAGGGCCAGCCAAAGAAGCCAGCGUUCUGACGUCUGGGCCAUGGGCAAAAUCAUCGCCGAACUGUGCGCCCGCCUCCGCCUGGUCACCACCAGCGUUAACCCGGACAAGAUUAAGGAGUAUCUGAAGGACAGUCCAUACACGAAUGCUGUAUGUCGCAUGGUGCAACCUGACCCAUCUCUGAGGGCUUCCAUGCCCGGUGUCAUCGGUGCCAUCCGGGUAGCGGCAGCUGAAAAACCCAAAGCAGGUGGGACAGCGAACCAUCUAAAAGUACAGUCUAACCCCCACACUGGCCGAAAUCGCUCCCCAUCGCCCAUGAACAGAUUCGAGGCUGCCAACAAGUCUCUCCCCUCACAAUCUCUAGCGCUGCCCAAAGAUCCAAAAAAAGCUUCAUCUCACCCCACACACACCCCCUGGGUUGAAGUGAAGGCGCAACAACAAGCACACGUCACCCCUUCUCCUCCAAAGGCUCAGGAGAAAAAUUUGCAACUGGUGCCCAAAGGUGGCACUAACCUCACACGUGACAUGAUGAAGAUGAAGCUACACGAAGAGGCAACGAAGGAUCUCCAUGGUUUCAUACCUCAAUCUGGUCAUAUUCUAGUGCAGAAGUAUGAGGAGAAAGAUGGACAGAUGGAGACAUGGGAGCAGAAGGAGGUGGUGUUACGCGAGGGGCGGGUUGUCAAAUAUAACAAUGUGAGGAUGAAUACUUAGUAAGUCUACAGAGCGGCUGCAUAUGCAUGAAAACAGAUUCUUCUUUAUAUAGGUUGGCAAGCCCUUACUGUGAUGAACAAUCACUGUCUCGUUCAACCAAAGACAGAUUAUAUGGGAUGUUAUUGAAGAUCCACAGCAUAUGAAAAAACAGACUCUUAGAUAUGAUCAACUACUAUGAUAUAUUUUAUUGCUACAGGCUAAUUUGACAUGUUCAGUUUGUGUGAUACUACUGUAGGGGCUAAAGCUUGUUUGCUCCUUGUAAUAACUUAACCUCUUCAAAGGAAAGAUGAGCCUCUUUUAAGCAUUUAGGACUUGAUGUGGUUGCAGCACUGUAAAACGACAGUGUUACUCCAGCCAUCUUUGUUCAUCAAAAUCAAGAACAUUUCUUCAUAUGUUGUAUUUUCAUGUUAUCACGUGAAAAUACAACAGGUGGGCCAGGGGUGUCCAAUCUGUAGCUCGGGAGCUACCCAUAACUUAUCCAGUGCUUUCCAAGUAGCUCGCCAAGGGAUUUCUGAAUUAUACAUACUGUGCUGAAUAGCUCAAAUCUGAUGAAUUAAAUGUCUAUUACCUUUGUAAAGGUAUAAUUUUGAUGAUUAACUUUGUGCAUUUAUAAAUGGAUAUUGAUUUAUGUUUUAUAGGCAUCUAAUUGUUCUAAAAGGUAAAUCAAAAUAUAAAUUAAUUAUUGCUAAUCAAUUGUACAAAUGUGUAAACUUUAUUAAAUGGCAAUAAGAUGAUAAAAUGGAAACAUAAGGUGUUUCCAUGUGUGUUGGUUGUGUCAAAACCCAAAUGAACUGAUACAAAUUAUUCCUAACAAACAUUUAUUUAAAACAAAUAAACAGCAGUUUG